CAACGCCCCGAGGUUGGAAUAGAACGGGAGUUUGAUUGAUUGAAGCUUCUCGAGAGCAGCCAGUCCACAAAAUCGAGCGAGGACCAUUGAAGGGAUCUUCGAAGCUUUUUGCUUUCCUUCCCAUGGCGGCCUCUGCUCGAUUCGUAUUCCUAUCUCGCGUCACUGAUUUUUCUAUCAAACCUCGCCUCUCUCCUCUACCGCCGCCGCCCUUGCCUUCAUUUUCCUAUUCACAUCUCGGCGUUCAACGGCGGCGUUUUACUGCCGCCACUGUGAGCUGCCUUAUCUCCGGUGUUGAUGGUGGCGGAGUUUCCGAUGACUUUGUUUCGACGCGGAAGUUGAAAUUCGACCGCGGAUUUUCCGUAAUCGCGAAUAUGCUUAAGCGGAUUGAGCCGCUUGACACCUCCGAUAUCUCCAAGGGCGUUACUGAUGCUGCGAAGGAUUCGAUGAAGCAGACUAUCUCUUCAAUGUUUGGUUUGCUUCCGUCUGAUCAGUUCGCUGUCACCGUUAGGGUUUGCAAAAGCUCUCUUCAUAACCUCCUCUCUUCGUCAAUUAUCACCGGGUACACUCUGUGGAACGCGGAGUAUCGGUUGUCUUUGAUGAGGAAUUUCGAUAUCUCGCCGGAUAGUUUGACGGGAUUAGACAGGUCGAAACCACUGGAUGUUUCUGACGAUGAGGAGACACUGGUUGGCAUUGAUUCCAAUAUGGAAGAUUGGGAUUCAACGAGGCCUCGUCUCUUAGCCGAUUUACCCCCCGAGGCGUUGAAGUAUAUCCAGCAGUUGCAGUCGGAAUUAUCGAAUCUCAAAGAUGAACUAAAUGCUCGGAAGCAAGAAAAUAUGCAGAUGGAACAUGGAAGAGGAAAUAGGAACAAUUUAUUAGAGUAUCUGCGAUCUUUGGAUUCUAAUAUGGUGACCGAACUCAGCAAACCAUCUACGUCGGAGGUGGAGGAAAUCAUCCAUGAGCUUGUUGGAAACAUAUUGCAAAGGUUUUUCAAAGAUGAUGCUAGCUCUACUUUUUUUGAGGACUCGAGCGUGGCGGAUUUGGAGAAACUUGCCAAUGCUGGCAAUGAGUUUUAUGAUACUGUAGGCACUUCUCGGGAUUACCUAGCAAAGCUCUUAUUUUGGUGUAUGUUAUUGGGGCAUCGCUUGAGAAGCUUGGAGAACAGACUGCAGUUAAGCUGUGUUGUUGGGUUGUUAUAAGAGAAGGAAGUGUACAUUCUCUCUGUACUUCCCCCCCUUAUCUUUUAUACUAUAUUAUGUCCAUAAAUCUCUAUAAUUGUUCUUCAAUGAAAGAAGAACUUAUUUAGUCUCUCUUAUAUUUAUGAUUAAUAAAACAUAUUUUGAC